UUCAAUCAAUUAAGAAAUCAAAUCGAGUACUUUUCACACGUUCAUCAAUACCCUACCAAGUUGAAGAAGGUCAAGCUGAAGCCGCAGAGCUGAAAAAUAAGAAGGUCUCAUCUCACCGGCACCAGUUGUUGCGUUUCACAUCCAUUUCUCUCUCUUUAUCUGCUCCGGUGGUAUAAAAUGGACUACCGAAGAUACAACAGUUCUCAAGGGGCAAACCUUGGAACUAAACAGCAAAUUUCAGAAGAGCAAGCAUACCAAGAUUCUCUUGUUGAGGAUUUGGCUGAAGAUUUCCGCUUGCCAAUCAAUCACAAGCCAACAGAGAAUGUUGAUCUGGAUAAUGUUCAGCAAGCAACGUUAGAUACAAAGUUGAAUUCUUCAAAUGUUGGGUUUAGGCUUCUUCAAAAAAUGGGUUGGAAAGGAAAGGGUCUUGGGAAGGAUGAACAGGGAAUAAUUGAGCCUAUAAGAUCUGGGAUUAGAGAUCCGAAGUUAGGGAUUGGAAAACAAGAAGAAGAUGAUUUCUUCACUGCUGAAGAAAAUAUCCAGCGUAGGAAACUAGAUAUUGAGGUUGAGGAGACUGAGGAACAUGCCAAGAAACGAGAGGUGUUAGCAGAACGUGAGCAGAAAAUUCAAACGGAGGUGAAAGAAAUACGCAAGGUGUUCUAUUGUGAGCUUUGCAACAAGCAAUACAAAUUGGCUAUGGAAUUUGAGGUCCAUCUGAGUUCAUAUGAUCACAACCACAGAAAGCGCUUUAAAGAAAUGAGAGAAAUGCAUGGUAGUUCCAGUCGUGAUGAUCGACAAAAGCGAGAGCAGCAACGUCAGGAAAGAGAGAUGGCUAAGUUUGCUCAAAUGGCUGGUGCUCGUAAACAGCAGCAGCAGGAGUCCCGGGAGGAAUCUGGGCCUGCGACUGCUCCUGCUUCUUCUCCUGCUCCUGCUCCUGCUCCUGCUCCUGCCAUUGCUACUGCACUUGCUGAUCAGGAGCAGCGAAAGACGUUGAAGUUUGGUUUUUCUUCUAAAAGCAGCAGCUCUAAGAAUGCAUCUGGUAGUGCAGUGAAGAAACCAAAAGUAGCUGUUGCAUCAGUUUUUGGGAAUGACAGUGAUGAUGAAUAGAUAAAGUUAGCUAUUUAUCUUCUUAGGCAUGUUUGUGUUAUGUAAUGGUUUGCAUAAUCCCUAAGAUUGUUGUGACAAUGAUGGCCAUAUUUCAACAUUUUAUGUAUUUCCUGUUGUCUAUUUAACAUUAUGUGAAGUAUGUUCGAUUUGUGAAACAAAAGAUGAACUAUUAGUUACUGGAUACAA